AAACUCCUCCCCAUGAAAGGGGCCCGAUCCGCUCUCUCUCACCGAAAGAUGCUCAGUGUCCUGCAGAAGAGAGGAAACUCACUUGGUUAUGGCCGCCAGCUGCUUAUCAACCUCAGGCCACCAUCCAUGGUAUUGAAAAAGCCCAGCUCAGAGCAGCAUCACUUGGGUGACUUCUCCCAUGAUCUCCCUCCUCACGUCCACCUCCAUCAGGAGGCCUAUAACGGUCUAGGAAAGGAUGCACAAGCUGGUGGAGCGAUUGGAAGUGGCUCCUGAAAGGAGCAAGACAUGGCAUUGGACAACCCGCUGAACCAGCUUCCAACUUUGGCCGGUCAGCUUGCCAGGAUCCCGCCGGAAGCCCAAGGUGCUCCGGUAUCUCCUGGAGCAGAAUCUCUACCUGAUGAAAAACUCACGUUCCUCGUCCAACAGCCUGUGACAGCACCUGCGGCCAUCUCUGUCAGCGCGGCUCAAGCUUCUUCUCCCAUCACCCCCGAGCCCGACCAUCUGCACACAGCGGCUGUAGCCCAGGAAUUGGACCCUGCAGGGAGAGAACCAGCACUCCGAGUGGUACCAACAGUCAGCCAGGGACACCCACCACAGUACAGAACCCCCAGAUGCCCCACCACUGCCCCCACUGUCACAUAUAUUUCCCUGACAACAUCCUUUAAAGAAUCCAAGAUGGCGGCGCACUCCUUCACACAAUUCCUGGAAUGA